UGUUUUGUUUUGUUUUGUUUUUUUGGGGGGUCCUGUAGCUUAGCGUGAGGAGAUACAUUCACGGAGGCAGGACUAUAGAGCUUGCAGACACCUUACAUACUUAGCACCAAUGGCGUCGAUCCUACGGCAAAUAGUCGCUGGUCCUCGAUUACAGCACCCAGAAGCGGGUCUAGAUUUAUGUUAUGUCACCGAUAAUCUUAUUGCAACGUCUGGCCCGUCCCCUAACUACCCGAAACGUGCCUACAGAAACCCGCUCGACAAUCUAGUGAAAUACCUUGACUCUAAACAUGGCGAGGACUGGUGUAUCUUUGAGUUCCGGGCUGAGGGGACAGGGUACCCCGACAAGGCUGUCUACGGGAGGAUACAUCACUACCCAUUCCCGGAUCACCAUCCCCCGCCAUUUGCACUUAUCCCGGCGAUCAUGGGGUCCAUGCACAACUGGCUCCAUGGGUUAGAUGGUAAGAUUUCUCAGGGGGAAGCACCGGAGAAACGGAAGAGAGUUGCGGUGGUCCACUGCAAGGCUGGUAAGGGGCGGAGUGGAACGGUCGCGUGCAGUUAUUUGAUGACACAUGCAGGAUGGAAGAUGGAGGAUGCUCUGCAACGGUUUACCGAACGGAGAAUGCGGUCUGGGUUUGGCCCCGGGGUGAGUAUCCCGAGCCAGCUGCGCUGGGUCGGGUAUGUCCAUCGAUGGGUAAACCAAAUGGGCAAGAAGUACAUCGAACGACCGGUGGAGAUCCUUGAACUGCAUGUGUGGGGUCUGCGGGAUGGUGUCAAGGUUGCGGUGGAAGGCUUCGUCGAUGAAGGCAAGAAGAUCCAAAACUUUCACCUAUUUAAACGAAGUGAACGGACCGUUGUGGACGACGGAAGGGUGAAAACGGAUUCCUCCCAGAAGACGGACAAGAAGAAGGCUAAUGGCCACAAAAACGGUAUCAAAAAGGCUUUCUCAUCUGUAGUAGAUCCAUCGGGUUCGUCCAGCUCAUCUAGCUCGAGCUCAUCCGAAGAGGACUCAACUACCCAGAAGGGCACGUCAGCUGUUCUCUUCCGGCCUAGCAAGCCGCUCAUCCUUCCUACCUCCGAUAUAAACAUUGAUUUUGAACGAAGAAGCAAAGCUUACAAAGAUUGGGCAAUGGUGACCUCUAUCGCGCAUGUGUGGUUCAACGCUUACUUCGAAGGGGGCGACCAAGAAGAUUCAGGCGUCUUCGAAGCAGAGUGGGACACGCUAGAUGGUAUCAAAGGCACCUCAAGAAAAGGGGUCAGAGCUCUCGACCGGCUCAAAGUAGUAUGGAGAUAUCCACCUUCGGGACCAGAAACAAAGGAACCAGAAACGGCCCCCACGCCGGGCCAAAUCAUCACAGAGCCCAAACCUGGUGAACCGAUGUUCGAAGGCCGUGCAGCUGACUGGCGAGGCCAAGACCCAGGAGAGCAGAAAGGUGUACGAGACCAGGAGAACAUCCCAACGCGGGUUCCCGACGUCCCAGAGCACCAGGAAGGGACCAAGAAAGAUGCAAACACGAUCCUCACAGGCCUCGGCACUGCCACCAGUAGUGCAGCCGCCGCCGCUACAGCUUCGGUGCAGAUGCUAGGCAAGGAGCUAGGGCUGAGAAGACAGACAGAUGAGAGUAAAGACGUCAGUCUCGCCGAAAGUGACGACAACGAAUCGGUGUUAGGUCACCGGAAGCAGGAAGGCGAUGAAGAAAAAAGACAGGCUUUAAACAGAGCAGAAAGUGAAGACUUCCAGGGCGUUCAAUCUUACUUUGGAAAUGGUGAUAAAGACGAUUCUACAAGCUCCCCGAAGACUACUAAAGCUUCUUGAUUUUCCUUCUUUUUUCUUUUGGCUUGUAGAUAACAUGUGCUCGGGAUGAUAUACAAAUCCCCUUUCUUUCCUUGUUUUCCGUCCUUUCUUUCGUCGGCGCUCAUCACAGUUAGUUUGGGAUAUAUUUAUUUUGGGCCAUUUUAUGUCCAUGUACAUACAAAAUACCCAUACAAAAUCUAUAUUAUGAUUAAUACUAGAAGGCAC